AUGGGCAAAGCGACAGUCAUCUUGUCAAGUUCCUUUCUCGCCAUCGGAGGCUUCCUCUUUGGUUAUGACUCUGGUAUCAUCGGAGGAGUCAUUUCCUUUGACACAUUCAAGGACUAUUUCCACAAUCCGGAUAGCACAACCACUGGUGCCAUUGUCUCAACCUUCCAGGGUGGUGCUGUCUUAGGAACCAUCAUCAACAUGAUCUUUGCCGAUCGUCUAGGACGCAAGCGAACCAUCGCUGCAGGUUCGAUUGUGUCCUUGCUUGGGUGCAUUCUUCAAGCUGCAGCUGUCAAUAUGGCUAUGCUUAUGGCUGGAAGAUUCAUCGCAGGCGCCGCUGUCGGUAUGCUCACAUCUACCAUUCCUAUGUAUGCUGCCGAGAUCUCUGAGUCCCGAUUCAGAGGUGCACUCUCGGGAGCUCUUCAGUGGUUCUUAUCUUGGGGUUUCUUUGUUGCUCAGUGGCUGGGAUACGGAUGUCAGCACGUCAAGGGGCCUUUCUCAUGGCGCUUCCCUCUUGCGUUCCAGUGCAUUCCCGCCGCCAUUCUUGUUGUUGGUAUCUGGUUCCUGCAAGAAAGUCCUCGCUGGCUCUGCGAAAAAGAUAGAUAUGAUGAAGCCAGAGCAGUUCUCCAGAAGCUACAUCACGACGGAACCGCAGAGACAGACCAACGCAUCGAAUUAGAGUUCCGUGAGAUCAGGGAUGUCAUCGAGGCCGAUCGUAUCAAUAACUCAACGUCCAUCAGCACGAUCUUCACCAAGCCGAGCUGGCGUAAGCGUCUUCUACUCGGUUGUGGUGUUCAAGCUUUUGGACCUCUUAGUGGCAUCAACGUUAUCAACUACUACGGUCCGGAGAUUUACAAGAUCCUUGGUAUCAGCAACUCAACUUCGCUCAUGAUCAUCGGUAUCAGUGGCUCGCUGUCCAUCGUCUACUGCAGCAUCGGCCUAUGGGCACUGGAGCGAUUCGGUCGUGUGAAGCCCCUCAUAAUAUCUGCCUUUGGUCUUGGAGCCGCACUGGUUUGCAAUGCCGCCAUGUCUCAACACCUUGACCCUACCAACGGAAACAUGCUUCGUGCCAUGGUAGCUAUGAACUUUGUCUUCUCACUCUUCUACACUCCUCUGGGUAUCAUCUCUUGGGUAUACCCCGCGGAGAUUUUCCCUGUCGAGGUCAGAGCUUUCGGAAAUGCGACAACCACGUUCACGAAUUGGACACUCAACCUCAUCUUUGCUCAAUUCACUCCUCAAGCACUGGACUCGAUUGGUUUCCGCUACUUCUAUGUCUUCUUUGCCUUCAACAUGGUCGCUAUGCUUUGCUACAUCUUCUUCUAUCCUGAAACCAAGGGUAAAACUCUCGAGCAGAUGGAUGAGCUGUUCGGCGAUCAGUUGGUGCCCCACGCUUUGGAAGACCCCAAGGGCGCCGCUAUUGCUAUGGAGAAGAACAAUGUUCAGAUUGUUGAGGAUGUUGCAAAGUACUGA